AACUUUUAUACAACAAAACCCUCUGUCUGGUAGAUAAUCAAACAAACCCCUCAUCUCUUUCCCCCAAAUCCCCUUUCUAACAGUAACAGAUAAGAAACACAACAAUGGCCAACUUAAGAACAUCAAUGGAUGCAUCAUUUUAUGACCUCAACAUCGCCACCCCACAAACCCUUCACGGCACCGUACGAUCAAUUCCCGGUGAGCCUACACCGUUGGAUGGAGCAUGUGCCAGUAAACUUCUCAGAAUGCAACAAUUAUCACUUUUGGGAAAUGGGUUUCCGUUGGGUAUCAUUCCUUCUUAUGCUCCACCUUUGUUCUCUUCUUCUUCUUCACAAAAAGAAUCUGGUUCUUUAUCUCUUCAGACUCUUUGGUUGAAAGAACCUAAAGAAAAGUGGUGGCUUGGGUUGGUUUCGCAGCUUCGUCCAAUAAAGCUGUUAUCUUCGGUUAAAACGGAAGCUUUAAGAGCGGAUUCCGCAGUUCCUAGAUUUAAACGUGCUGUCAAGAAGCUUUUAGACCCAUCAUUUUAUUCAUUUGGCUUAUGUUCCCACCUGGAUUUGAGUGAAUCGACUUCCGUUUUGCUAAAUGUUGAACACGAUGGUCAACACAAGAAGCAACGUACCAAGGGCAUUCUCCAUCAUAAGCUUCCGAAUCAUGAUAUCACGUUGGAAGCUGCAUGGCCCGAGCUCUUUGUGGACCGCAACAAUAAAUAUUGGGAAAUGCCAAUGUCAUUAUCAUUGGAUUGUUUGUCUCUUGUUUCUGAGUCGGGUUUAAGGUAUCGUUUCGGCAUUCAUCAAAACGGUGGUACUGCGAAGGCCGUUGACUUGGUUGACGGUCAACCUCCAGCUUCUUUGACCCCCGGGGUUUGUGCAAAAGCUGCUUUUUCAUAUGAAAAAAGUAAAGAUCUUUGGAGAAAACCCGAAACAAAAGAGGAUCUAACUUUAGUUAAAACAAAAAGGGGUGAAUAUCGCAAUACGGCUUAUGAUCUACGUAUGAAGGAACCACAUGCUACAGUAUCUGGAAUUUUUGGUGGUACUUGUGAGGCAUGGUUAAGCGGAAAGAGAAGCCCGUUCGGUGCAGAUUUGUUUGGGUCAAUUUGCUUCGCAAUUCAGCACGGAAAAUUCAGAAAAGCGUAUGGCGAUCUCACUCGUUUUGAUGCUCGUUUGGACGUGUCUUCGGCUUCAGCUUUAGUCAGAGGGGUUUCAAACCAUUUAACGUCUUCUUCGGUUUUGCCCCGACUAAAUUUGAGUCUACAGCAACAGAUUGCAGGGCCUGUUGUUUUUAGGGUAAGUUCAAAGGUUGCACUAGAUUCACGGAGUCCACGCAUAGAGGAUGUAAUAUAUAGCUUGAAUUACUCGUUGAGGUACCUCGGGUCCGGGAAAGUGGUGGCUUGGUAUUCCCCCAAGAGAAACGAGGCGAUGGUCGAAAUGCGGGUUUUUGAGUUCUAGGUCUAAACACAGAUAAGUUUAUUGUUGUUUUCUUGGUUAGGUGUUCAAAUUUGUUGAAGACCUUGCGUUUUCGGGAUUAAUUUUGACUUUGGAUUUUGUGAUUGAUUAUGAUUUACCAAGGCAGAGAAACAUUUAAGUUAGUGUUA